UGGUUUCUCUGGUGGUUUCCCCGGCUUAAAUUACUAUAAAAUAGUUGUUGAGUAGAUAAUGCAUGCAUUUGUUGCAUUUGUUGAGCAGUUAGUGUUUGCGAUACUGAAACGCUGAGUCUGAAAACUACACUGCAUGGUCUAUUUAACAUCAUCAUUUGAUCAACAAGGUAAUGUCUUGCUCUAAGAUGAGGAGUUUUACUCAUGCCGAUGAGUGCAAGUACAGUGAUGGCGUGGCUUUCCUAUUCAAGUUUUCCAUGGGGGCAAAUUUGGCCCUAAGAUCUGUUGACUUCAAAAACGGUGUCCCGAGAUUUCAUUUUGAACCAUCGCAAAAUGUACCUAUGCUGACUGAAGAAGAUGUAGCUGUCAUUGUUAAACUUUGCUUAGAAAAAAAACGCCCUGGGUUCUUCUACGAAGGAUUUCACCCAUUUCAUCCAUUCUCUAAUAAGGGUAGGCUCUUCAAAGGGUACAGUCCCAGGUGGCUGCGAGGUACUUCUGUUGGGGAGCUGCUAGCUGAAGCCGAUUGGUCAAUGAAGUGCAUUCACGUGGGUGUGAAAAGUGACAAGGAAAAGAAAAAAUUCUCGGCAUGGAACGAAACUAGCAAUCUGAGAGGGCUGAGAACUCGAGAGGAUUUUCCUGAAGAUUGUCCCGGUGAUACCAUCAUUAUGUCUUGCCAGUCUGUUGAUGUUGACAAACGAAAUGAUGAGCUUUUCUUUGUGGCCGAACCCAAAAUGCGGAUUGACUGUGUGCGGGAUGGACACAAUUUGGAGUACUCAAAGUACAUCACUGAGAUUUUCGACAGUGUGGCGUACCACGAUGAGCCAAAGUUUCUGAAAAUAAAAGAAAUCAUCAAGCUUGUUCUCGCGGUAGAGUGGCUGAAAGAGAAACUGGAUGAGAAGAACAUAAAGUUCAGCCAAGUUUGGAUUGAUGAGCACCUUCAGAAGCGAAAGCAACGCCCAACCGAACGAAUCCAAGUAACUGUCCCUCCACAAGAGGCUCAGCGCCUUAUGAAUGAAAUCGUGGAAGCUAAGAUGGAUAAACAACUUGCUAUGCCUAAUUUGUCUAGAUUGAACAAAAAAGUAUCAAAGACAGGCUUUGAAGUAGGAACCACAGCAAAUGUACUCGGCUAUAACAUUCCAGUUGCAUGCAGAGCAUCGUUCAAUGACUACAAUUACCUGUUUGAUGGCCAAGAUCCAAACCAGCCAACUAAGUUCGGUCUGGACAAAGACACCGGAAAACUAAUACUUGGCCCCCGACCCAAUGUGAAAUCAUGGAACGAGUUGUACAGUCAGACGGUCCCCCAACCAUGCACAGCUCCUUACACUGCUGAUGGUUUCAUAGGCCCCGCUAUAACUGGAGGUGUCUCCACAAGCAGCUUCAAAACAAAUCAAGUAAGACAUGAGCACACCACUCAAACGAAAGAGGAUGUCGUGGUAUCAGCUGAUGAGAGCCUCGAGAUGAGAUAUGCGGGCACUCCCAAGCCGAAAGCAACCGUAGCUCCACCUUCUGAUGUGGGUGUUACUACGGCACAAUCUGAGCUCCGGAAUCGUUUGCGAGAAUCAGCUGGUAUAAAAAACGCAGUAGGGUAUGCUGAUAAGGUAUCCCACUUAUUCUUGACCGAAAAUGGAGCACAAACAUUGACUCAGAGAAAGGAAGUUGAAACACAUACCUCAGCAAGAAUGCCACAGCUUGAGGAAGAGGUAAGACUUCGUUUUAAUCCAUCCAUUUCUCUGCCCCCUAAAGGAGAACCAUCAGGCGAUCGUGAUAGCGGAUGUAUUCCAAGUACCCCUAUGUCUGUAUCUCCUGAACCAUCGAUCGCUGCAACAGACAAAGACGAUUCAUCGCCAGUAUCUUCUGAUAGCGGUGUUAUCACUGCUACAAACGAAGAUAAGGGGAAGAAAGUUAAAACACGUAUCUUAGCAGAAAAAGCACAGCUGGAAGAGAUAGGACCUUCAUCCGUGGACCUCUCUAUGCCCCCUGGCCCUAAAGGAGAACCAUCAGACGAUUGUGAUAGUGGAUACUCAAGUCCUAUGUCUGGAUCUCCUGAACCAUCGAUUGCUGAAACAGACAAAGACGAUUCAUUGUCAGUAUCCUCUGAUAGCGGUGUUAUCACUGCUACAAAUGAAAAUGGAGCACAAACAUUGGGGAAGCAAGUUGAAACACAUAUCUCAGCAGGAAAAGCACAGCUGGAAGAGGUAGGACCUCUAUCCACGGACCCCCCUAAAGAAGAACCAUCAGGCGAUUGUGAUAGCGGAUACUCAAGUCCUAUGUCUGUAUCUCCUGAACCAUCGAUUGCUGAAACAGACAAAGACGAUGAUAUGGAUAUGGAUAUAGAAGAAAAAUAACUCCAUUAUUAUAGCUGAGCAACUAUUGUAUUUAUUAUUGUUCUUGUAUUAAAUUUUUAUGCGUUAUGUUGAAAUCAUAUCGAUUCUGCAACAAAACUGA